GAGGAGGAGCGGAGAGGAGGGCUGCCCCCGAGGGCAGCCCCGCGGAGCGGAGUGGGGCCCCGCGGGUGGAUGCCCGCCGGUACCGGGGCUGCCCGGCCGGGCGCUGCCCUGGCAGGCGAGCCGUGCCUUGCCGAGCUGGGGUUGGGGGGCCCGCAAUGCACAAACCCAUGGAGAAAUCCCAAAACUUCAGCAUCGAGGCGCUCCUGGCUGAAGAGCCGCCGAGGAGCGCGUCUCCGCCGGGGCUCAGCCCCGCGGGGAGCCCCGGCCCCCCCGGGCGCACCGACACCCCCUCGCCGAGGGCUCCCCAGGUCUCUGCGCCCCUCGCCCCGGCCGGCUUCGUCCCCAAACCCGGCUUGCUGCAUCUCCCCGGCCCCGGGCUCGGCGCCCUGCCGGCCCUCUACCCCCCCGCCGUGUACCCGCUCCCGGCCCUGGGGGGCCAGCACCCCGCUUUCGCCUACACCGGCUUCCCCCACCUGCCGCCGCCCGGCGCGGAGCACCUGAAGGCGGCCGUGGCCGGCUCCUUGCCGCUGGAGCACUGGAUCCGAGCCGGGAUGCUGGUGCCGAGGCUCUCCGACUUCCACGCCACCCCGCAGGCCGGCUUGAUGGGGAAGUGCCGGCGGCCCCGCACGGCCUUCACCAGCCAGCAGCUCCUGGAGCUGGAGAACCAGUUCAAGCUCAACAAGUACCUGUCCAGGCCCAAGCGCUUCGAGGUGGCCACGUCGCUGAUGCUCACUGAGACGCAGGUGAAGAUCUGGUUCCAGAACCGCCGGAUGAAGUGGAAGCGGAGCCGCAAAGCCAAGGAGCAGGGGGCCACGGCCGAGGCUGAGAAGCCGCGGGGGCUCGGCAAAGCCUGCGAGAAGCUGCUGCCCGGAGAGCCCCAGGGACAGGAGGGCGAGAGCCCCGAGUUUGUGGGGCGCAGCCCCAGCUCGGGCUUCCUGCACCACAGCACUGCCGAGCUGGGCUACGGCCCCGACUCCUCCUGCUCAGGGGGCGAGGAGGAUGAGGAAGAGGAGGAGGACGAGAUGGGCACCACGGAGAGGAAGAUGGGCUCCGUGUUGUGAAUGGCAGCUGGGCUGAGGCGUCGGGGGCCUCUUUGCUGGCAGCCACAGACUGUGCCCGUGCAGGGCAGGGGGGCUGCGGGGAGCCUGCCCCCCACUUUAACUUAU